UAUGAAGUCACACGGGCUUGUUCAUAGUGGGAGGGGUUAGUUUCAUGGCUCAGAUCAUUCGCAAUGAGGAAAUCCGAUCUGAUACGUGACCGCUGAUCAGUGUAAUCAUAUAUGUUAACAGGACCUUUUGACACAGACUCAUCAUAUGCGCUCCAGACCAGCAUCACUAGACUCCAGGUUGCGAUGGAAUGGAUUACUUUAAUUUUGACUGUUUCUAUUGUGAUUAUUUCUUUUCAUCUUCUCUUUGGCAAAAGAAGUCAUCCCAAUGCUCCUCCAUGCAUAAGAGGUCGGAUACCUUGGUUUGGUGCUGCUUUUGAAUUUGGCAAAGCACCUUUGCAUUUCAUUCAGCAAGCCAGAGCCAAAUAUGGCCCAAUUUUCACUGUUGUAGCUGCUGGGAAGAGACUGACAUUUGUGACCCUAAAUGAGGAUUUCCGAGCUUUUUUCACCUCCAAAGAUGUUGAUUUUGAACAAGCAGUGCAAGAAGCUGUUCACAACACAGCUUCUAUCAGCAAAGACAGUUUCUAUAAAACCCAUCCAACCUGUGCCACCAUAAUCAAAGGCAGACUGACUCCGGGCAACACGGCAAUGCUCUCUGUUCAUCUCUGUGAAGAAUUUAAUGACCAUCUAGAGAACCUUGGAAGGGAAGGAUCUGGACAGCUGAACGAGAUCAUCAAGAGUGUUAUGUAUCCAGCAGUAAUGAGCAACUUACUGGGCCGAUAUAACUCCCCUAGUAACGCUCUCACCAGGCAGGAGUUCCUGGAGAAGUUCACAAUGUAUGAUGAAGGAUUUGAAUACGGCUCCCAACUCCCAGACAUGUUCUUGAAGCAAUGGGCAAACUCGAAGCAAUGGCUCCUUUCUCUGCUGAGAAAUAUGGCUAUCAGAGCACAGGAGACCCUCUACCAUGAGAAUGAUGGAAAGACUUUACUACAGCACCUGGCUACUGCAAUAAGUGACAAAUAUCUUCCCAAUUAUGGUUUACUUUUGCUUUGGGCUUCCCUGGCAAAUGCUAUACCAAUUACAUUUUGGGCCAUUGCUUUUAUUUUGGCCAAUCCUGAAGCAUAUAAGAUUGCAAUGGAUCAGAUCAACGCUGCCCUCAGAGACCAAGACAAGGAGAAGACAAAGGUGACCCUAGAUGACUUACAGCACAUGCCAUAUGUGAAGUGGUGUAUCAUGGAAGCCAUUCGGCUGAGGGCCCCUGGAGCCAUCACUCGUAAAGUAGUGCGGCCUCUCAAAUUGCAGAAUUAUGUUAUCCCACCUGGAGACAUGCUGAUGUUGUCUCCCUACUGGGCUCACCGAAACCCGAAGUAUUUCCCAGACCCGGAAGAUUUCAAACCUGAACGAUGGGAAAAGGCAGAUUUAGAAAAGAAUGUCCACUUGGAAGGGUUUGUGGCAUUUGGAGGGGGGAAAAAUCAGUGCCCAGGAAGGUGGUACGCUGUUAUGGAAUUGCAUAUGUUUGUGGCCCUCAUUCUCUACAAGUUUGAAUUCACCCCGCUGGAUCCAGUACCCAAACCGAGCCCUCUGCAUUUGGUGGGAACCCAGCAGCCAGACGGACCCUGUACAGUAAAAUACAAGCAUAGAUAGACGCUCAUGUUCAGAGGGCUGUGCUGCUGCUUUAGAGCCUUGUUGACGGUCUUGAUAUAAGAGUUGCAGAGAUCAACUGCAUAUCCUGGGCUGAGCUUCAGAGGUUUGGAGCAUCAUGGUGAAUGUUAAACAGUGACUUGGACACAGGCAAAUACUAUAUCCCUCUAAAGGAAACCAGAAAAUCAUACAACGCUAAAGGUAAUUUAGGAUAUUAGUUUUAAUAUAUAUUACCAUUUUGUAGGCUCAACCUCUUGUAUAACUGAUGGCAUAAUAGAGAUGAUAUAUAUCAGAAAGCAUGAGGUUGUGGAAAUUCCUUUCCCAGACUG